UACAAAAUUUAUACCAAUCUUUAAUCACAUAUUUUGAGUGAUUGAUAAAUAGCUAAAUGGCAUUUAACUGGUAAUCCUCGCAAGUAAAUAUGCCCGAACCAGAGCCAAAUACCUUUUUCAGUUCGUUGGACAACUUUGCCAGUACAUUUUAUGGCCAGUUGGCUCUUUUAUAUCCUGGUAGAAAUUUAAUAUGCUCGCCACUCACCAUACAAAGCUGUCUGGCAAUGCUGCGCAUGGGCGCUGUGGAUGGAACAGUGACUGCCAAGGAGCUGGACAAGGGAAUAGGUUUCGUUUCCAACGAUACCAACGAAAUAGCUGAGGGCUUUCAGAAUGUGCUUGCAACAUAUCAGGAGAACAGCAAUGUGGUGCACAUGGCCAACCGAAUGUAUCUCAGCCAAAGCGUUCAACUACGAUCAGAAUUCGUUGAACUGUUAACUGAGAAAUUCUACUCGGAACCCGAGAAUAUUGAUUUCGCAGAGAUGGCGAAUGCCGCCAAUAUAAUCAACGAUUGGAUCGUAUCCAAGACGAAGCGAUUGAUUAAGAACCUGGUCAGACCCGAGGUGAUAACCAAAGCCACCAAAUUGAUUCUCGUCAAUGUGAUUCACUUUAAAUGCGAAUGGAGGAUUCGAUUUGAUAAGAAGGCAACGCGUCGCGAGUUCUUUUACUUGGAUGACAGGAACAGGGUGAAAACGCUCUUGAUGAAAGUUCAAAAUACAUUCCACUAUGCUGACUUAAAGGAACUGGAUGCCAAAGCCUUGCGUUUAUCCUACACAGAUGGCGAUCUGCACAUGCUGAUUGUUCUACCCAAUAAAAAUGAUGGCUUGGGGCAACUUCAGCAACGGUUGCUAUCAAUUCCCUUGACGGAUAUUAUUUCUGGACUGUCUCAACGAAAAGUCAAUGUAAAACUACCCAAAUUCACAGCUGAAUAUGAAACGGAAUUGAGUCCAGUCAUUGAGAUGUUGGGCAUCAAAAGGAUUUUCAUUGAUAAAGCAGAACUUGGCAAAAUAUCGCCAUCGCAAGCAAAGAUGAAAGUUUCCAAGAUUUUGCACAAAGCCUUCGUCGAGGUAAACGAAGAGGGAAAUGAGGCAGUCGCAGUGUCCGAAGUCCAAACGAACAGUGGAAAACCAAAACGACCUCCUCCACCACCAAUGGAUUUCCAUGCAGAUCAUCCCUUUUACUUUGUCAUCUAUGAUGCCCAACAUGGUCCACUUCUUGUGGGUAAUCUUCAAUCCCCUGUAGCUGCCGGGUGUAUUGAUGCGCCGCACAAGGCCUGCUUAUGCGAAAGAUGAGCAUAAUCUGGAAAUAUCUAUCCCUAAUAUUUAAUUGUCAUCAUAUGUCAUCAUAUCUACUUUUAAAAUUGAUUAAAUUGACAAGUGCAGUUUACAACACAA